UGCUUAAUUUACUAUCUCAGAUUAACUCUUUAACCUUCUCAUUUGAUAUCAUCUGUACAGGUUUUCUGAAAUCAGUUGAGAAUAACUAAGUUUGUUUUUUAUUUGUGUAGUUUGUCCCAUUAAUGGCUGUGGUUGUGGAUCAACAGCCUAAAUUUAAACAUUUUUGUAGGAUUUGCAAGAAAGGGUUCGGUUGUGGAAGAGCAUUAGGUGGUCAUAUGAGAGCUCAUGGAAUCGGAGAUGAGAAUAUUAUCUUAGACGACGAAGAUACAUCAAACGACACAGACGAUAACGAGGAUCAGCAUCACCCACCAAGUAAUAAGCGUAUGUAUGCCUUGCGAACUAAUCCAAAUCGGUUCAAGAAUUGUCGAAUUUGUGAGAAUUGUGGAAUGGAGUUCUCGUCGUGGAAAGCUUUUCUUGAGCACGGAAAAUGCAGUUCAUCGAGAGGGUAUGGUGAUGAGCUUAAUAAUCAUGUCAUAACACCUCAAGUAUCAGAUGAAGAAGACGGGGUGGCACGUACAUGGUCCAAAGGAAUCCGGUCGAAACGAGCAAAAGUAGGAUUUAAUUCGAAUAAUAUGAUGAAUUGCCCAUCAACAGAAGAAGAAGACCUUGCAAACUGUUUAGUUUUACUAUCAAGUGCACAGGUUGAUCAUCCCAUCUUCAUAGCCGAAACGGAAGAAUCUUGUGCUUCGGCUAGUAAAGAAGAGAACAAAAGGCGUAAACCAAAUGGUUUUUACAUGUCAUCAGGAACUGAUCAUUAUAAUAGUCAUCAUCAACUACUACUACAAAGCAGCUAUGACCAUAAUAACAGUAAUAAAGCCAAGGGACUAUCAUCUAAAGGGUUGUUUGAAUGUAAAGCGUGUAAGAAAGUGUUCAAUUCUCAUCAAGCGUUAGGAGGGCAUAGAGCAAGUCACAAGAAAGUUAAAGGCUGUUUUGCUGCUAAAAAUGAAAUGCAUCAACAACAGCAGCAAUAUCAAAACGAUGAUCAAAGUAUCUUAAUGGACGAAGACGUAAUCACAAACGAUGAGUAUCUUGUCUCGCCUAAAUCAACUAUGAAUAUCAAUCAAUCAUUUGAGCGUGAAAGUUAUGGUGGUAGCCCAUCUCCGAUGACAUCGAAGAGGAAAUCCAAAGUGCAUGAGUGUUCCAUAUGUCAUCGAGUUUUCUCGUCUGGACAAGCUUUAGGUGGACAUAAAAGAUGUCACUGGGUUACUUCCAACUCCCCGGAUAACACAUCUAUUUCAAUUUCCUUUCAUCACCAACAACAACUAAAAGAUAGAAACCAAAAUUUCCAUGAUUUUCAUAAACGGUCAUCAUCGUCUUCUCAAUUCUAUAACACUAAGCAGAUUGUGUCCGAAGAUUUGCAGUUAUCAGUACUUGAUCUUAAUCUACCUGCGCCACCAUCCGUGGGUAAGGGUGAGAACAACAAGUUAGGAUUUGAAGUUCCAUGGAUAGGUCUGUCUACUAAUAACAAUGCCAACGAAAACAACGCAGAUGGACAAAUUCCAGAAAUGAGAAAGACUGAUGAUGAAAAUGACGAGGAACAAAAUCAAAAUAAUAAUGUGAAGUUGGCAAAGUUAAGUGAUCUAAAGGAUAUGAAGAUGGGAGACAAUGGUUCUUCGUCACCGUGGUUGCAGGUAGGAAUCGGUUCAUCAACUACUGAUAAUAAUGUGUAGGAGUUAAUCAAGCUAGCAUUUCGGUUUAUUUAAACUGAAGUUCGACUAUUAGAAUCUAAAGAGUACAUAAUUAUUGUAAGUACUUAGUUAACCUACAGCACUACGUACCUUGAUUGAUCCUUUGUACUAUUUUAUCUUGAAUCCAUUUUGUAUGUACAAUUUUUAUUUAUUUUGUAAAACUUGAAAUUUUAAUCCA